CUUCCUGCGGAGCACAUAGCUAACAGGACAGCAGCGGAGGACGGGGAUAAACCGGAAUUAAUUAACGAUCUGCCAUGCUGCCCAGGCUUCCUGUCUGUAUCCUCAUUUUUUUGCCAGUUCUGGUACAGGGCAGCACUGCCAGUUCACCCGAGAAAAGCCCUGCUGCCCCAGCCAGCCCUCCAUCACGCCCGCCGCCUCCUCUGGGUGACCCCAGCUGGGCUCUGGGUCUGCGCCUGUACCAGGUCCUCCGCUCUGGCUCGAGCUCGGUGAACACCAUCUUCUCCCCACUGCUUGUGGCCUCCUCCCUUGGAGCGCUGAGUGGAGGAUCAGCGGGCACCACUGCCAGCCAGCUCCAAGACCUCCUAAAGACCUCAUCCCCCGCCAAGGAUGGAGCCCAUGCUGGGGAGCUUCUGUCCGCUGCCUUGAAGAGCUUCACUAAAGCCAAUGGGACCAGCUUUCACCUGCACACAUCCUCAGCGCUGUUUUCCAAGCAAGCUCCUCCAGUCAGCCAGGCAUUUGUGAAGGACAGCCAGGCCAGGUUCAGGCUAAAGCAUCAGCCACUGGGGAAAGGAGACUCCAAGGCUGACCUGAAGCAGCUCCAUGGCUGGGCUCAAGCUGCGCUUGGUGGCCUGGAGGGAGCUCCUUUAGCAGCUGAAAUCCAGGCUAAGGCAGGAGCACUGAUAGUGGCCAAUGCCAUGCGCUUUAAAGGGCUGUGGGAGAGAGAGUUCAGCGAGGGGAGCACAGAUCAUCGUACCUUCUUGGGAAAGAAAUACACCAAAGUGAUGAUGAUGCACAGAGCAGGUUUGUACCGUCACCAUGAAGACAUGGAAAACAUGGUGCAGGUUCUGGAGGUGCCUCUAUGGGCAGGAAAGGCCAGCGUGGUGCUCCUGCUGCCCUUCCAUGUCGACAGUCUCGCGAGGUUGGACAAGCUUCUGACCCUUGAGCUGCUGUCCAAGUGGCUAGAGAAGGCCACCAUCACCAGUGUGUCCAUCUCACUGCCCAAGGCGAACAUCACCAGCACACUCAGUCUGCAGAAACAGUUGUCUGCUCUGGGCUUGACCGACGUCUGGGACCAGAAGGUAGCAGAUUUCUCCGGGGUGUCAGAGAAGAGCAAGGGGAAACUCUACCUAGCUGAAGUCCUCCAAUGGGCUUCCCUGGAGCUUGCUUGUCAAGCUGGGAAAGGAGAUGCAGAUCUAGAGGAGGAGAACAUAGAGAAGCCCAAGCUGUUCUAUGCUGAUCACCCUUUCAUCAUUUUGGUUAGAGACAACGCUACUGGCGCCCUGCUGCUGAUGGGAGCACUGGAUCAUGUGGAGGGAGAGGCCCUCCACGAUGAACUUUAGCGACCUCCAACAUAUAUCCUUGAUUCCUGUCUUUUUUGGCUCUGUCUCUUACACUCUCUCUCUCAAAGACUACACACUGGUUUCUAAGUCAAGACAUUGUCAUUCACUGUGGCACACUAUCACAUCAGACUACAGCUGGCUGUCAUACAUUGACACUGCAUAGUCUGGCGCUGACUGACACUGACACUGCCAUACCCGACACUCAUACAGUCGCACACACAUCCCGACACCUACAUGGCAUACAUAAAUGAAGAUUCUGUACAAGACAUUACUAAAGUUGACGGAUACAAAAAAAAUAGUAACUUGGAGAGACUCCCAGCAUUCCUCUCUCUCCCCCACUCGUGCGCCCACACACACACACAGACAUACACAUUCAAGGACCCAGCGAUCAAGUCAAUGCAAAACAAAAUGACAAACCAGAGUGCACUGACAAACACUAACGUGCUGACAAGCAGAAGUGGUUACACUGACACAACACUUAAAGCAGCAAGAACUUUUAUCAAAGAGAGGCUGGCAGUGACACUUGAAUCCUCCCUGACAGGCCAACACCAGGGCAGGUGAAUGUAUGUGUGUGUCUGUGUGCGUGGUGAACGGCAGAUCAAGGGUGCCCAUGAGGCCGCUCUCGGAGCUGGCAGGGACCUAUGGCGGGGUCCCCUGGGCUACAUCUGAGGAAGACUGAUGGAUCAGCCAAGUGCUUAUUGAUGAGCCAGCUUAAUGCUAAUGGCUGUAAUGAGUCACAACGCUUGUCAACAACACGGAGAGGACGGGGAAACCUUUUAAUCUCUUAAUACCAUCAGGGAUCAAUGACACCGUUAUGCCGCUGGAAACAAACAUGAAUGACAUCGCUUGACUUAAAUGUAACAACUUAAUAUUUAGGGUGAUUACAGCUAUUCAAAGAUGUAUUGAUUUUCAUUUGUGUAUUUGUUUUUCCAAGUGCCAGAGAGAAUGGUUGAGAUAUCUGAAUGAACGACAGUAGGUACUGCUGAAGUGUAUGUUUGAUUUUGGGAAGGUGCAUUUUUUUAAAAUAAAUGUC